UCGCGCUCUGAGGCGCCUCACGCCUAGUGUAGCUGAGGCGGCGCUCCUACUACCCACGCCUUCCCUCAGAAAGAUGCUGCUGGGCUUCGAGGCGUCUGAGGCGACAGCUCCCAGCCAGGUCCGAGGAGGGCGCGCUCAGCCCUGAAGCCGAGGGAGAGGGAGAAGCGCUGCCACCGGCUCGCCGGCCCCACAACCACCAUCACCACCAGCUGCCCGGGCUCCUUCCCCGCGCCUGCCCUUGCCCUUCUCUAUGGGGUUCCUCAGCGAAGGUGAGCAGCGCCCAAGAGGAAGGCACACCUGCCCAUGGAGUUUCUGACUGGGAGCGCCGACCUGUAGCCGGAGCCGGGUGGGAGCGCCCCGCGCCACGAGCAACCUUUGCCCAACCCUCUUAUUGCCCUCUUCCCCCCCCCUCGCAACAUGGUACCUGCCCUGACAUCGACCAGGCGCCUCGCUCCCGGGUUCCCGCCGUUCUCUUUCGCCGCCCUUCCGAGGAGGCUGCCCGGAGGCCAUCGUCGGGGCGACUUGAAAGUGCAAUAAUUAAGAGCCCGCGCGCCGCCGCCAGUGACAUUUGUUGGCUCGCUUGUUUGUAAACAAGAAGACGCUCGGGAGCCCUUGCCUCCCAGGCAGGUAUUUCUGCCGCCCUCCCCCCCUCCCUCCCCACUCCGCCGCCUCCUCUUCCUUCCCCUCCGAAAAGGACGAGAGACGGGAACUUCUUACAGGGUUACUAUGCAAUUGCGACUGGUUUCUUGGGUCUUUAUCACUUUGAACUUGAUGGAAUACGUCGGCAGCCAGCAGAACCCUUCCAGAGUCCGGCGGCAGGGAAUGAAUCUCGAUAUGAGCCAAGAUUGCCAAGGAUGUGCAACAUGUUCCCAGUUCAAUGGAUGCUUAACAUGUAAACCUCGACUCUUUUUUUUCCUGAUGAGGAGUCAAAUUAGAGAGAUAGGGAUGUGUUUUUCAUCCUGCCCCAAUGGAUAUUAUGGACAACGGUACCCAGAAAGAAAUGAGUGUAAAAAAUGUAAAGCUGACUGUGAAACCUGCUUCAAUAGAAAUUUCUGCACAAAGUGUAGAAAUGGGUUUUACUUACACCUUGGAAAGUGCCUUGGAAACUGCCCUGACUGGCUGGAAACCAACAAUCACACUAUGGAGUGCAACAAUAUUGUGCAUUGUAAAGUUAGUGAAUGGAGCCCAUGGGGUGAAUGCAUGAAGAGAGGGAAAACGUGCGGUUUCAAAAGGGGGAAUGAAACGAGGAAAAGAGAAAUCUUACAACUUCCUACUACAAAGGGCAAACCAUGCCCACAUACAACUGAGACAAAAAAAUGUAUUGUACCGAAAACGAGAUGCCAGACUGGACAAACAGGAAGAAGAAGCAGAGAGGAAAGAAGAAAAAACCAAAAGACAGAAGAAAACAAGGAAAACAGGCAGGAAAACAGUGGCCGAGAAUCUAGGAGACAAAACCGAGAACGGGGCAACAAAAGUAAAACACAGUUGAAGAAAAGAAGAGCACAGGAUAAACAGCAGAAACCAGUAGCCACCAGCACUGUACACUAAAUCGCCUUUACACCACUGUUUAAGACUUUUGCUGCUGCUAUUUCCACCAGUUCUCUGAGGCUGGUGCUCCCCAAUUAAGCCACAAAUGGACAAUAUUUCCAGUUACUCUUAAAUCUUAAAUGACAUUCCAAAUAAUUCCUAUUAUAUUCUUCAUGCAGUCAUAGUUUAUUCAAGAGACUGACAUGAGCCAAGAUUCUUUUUAAGUAAAAGAAAAACCCUCUAAAUGGGAUACUUUCAAACUGUUAUAUUAUAUGCUUCCAUGCAUCUCUAAGAGGCAAUUUAAAAGUUUUGUAUAUAAUUAUCAAUAUGGUAUAAGGUAUAGCAAUAUAUUGAAUGACAUCUGCGGGGGGAAAGUCUUUUUCCUUUGUAAAAUAUUUUUUCAAUCUAUUGUUUAUGAAGCAAGAGAUAUCUAAGUAAAAUAUACAGUAUCCCUUUGUGCAUAAUUAUAUAUGCUACAUAAGAGUCCGGAGAAAGAGGAAAUCUGUUAAGAGGUGUUGGGAAUCUAAGCUUUGAUGCUGCACAUUCUUAUCAGAACUCAGAUACCUGGUGGUUCCCUGGUUUUCAUCCCAGACUCAUGUGAGAAACUCCCGGCUGAACAGUUUCAGGGCUCUGAAAGCCAAGGGGGUAAAGUAGGGGAGGCAGAAGCCACAUUAGACACACCAGAGACUCUUUUUCUGAAGAACAAGCAAUAGCGCUUAGCUAUACAGCGCUCCUAUCUGCAGGACAGCACAAUAGUUUCUGGUCUAAACCAUGAUUAUACAAGGUGUGCCGUUCUAUCCUUCUUCUUUUUUUGUAACUCUGUGUAACUUAAAUCAGCAUUUCAAACCUUCCAGUGACUGAGAAAUCAUAUUUGUAGGAAAACAAACGAACGAACAAAACACGGAGCGAAUAAAGAACAGAGAAGACAGACCACGUAAAUAUAAUGUCAUUUUGCACUGUUGAUUUUUUCCCCUUUCAUUUUUUUAAAAAAAAUUUAAACAC